AUGUCCACCGGCCGGCCCUGCGUGCGUGUCACCAGCUACCGAGUGAGGUCACAUGGCGGUGACGGACGCUGGUCGCCCGUGCAGCCCGAGGAGGGCUCCAGGCCGCGGACUGGCUUCCCCAAAGAGAACCUUGCAUGGCUGGAGGGCUUGUUCAGGGGCCAGCUGGGGAGUUCAGAAGAGCUCCAUCUCGAGGACUUCCAGAAGAUCAUCCAAACAAAGAACCCGUUCUUCGCGGAGCGGGUGUUCCAGAUCUUCGACCGGGACGGCAGCGGCACGGUGUCGCUGCAGGAGUUCAUCGACGCCAUGCACCAGUUCGCCGGCCAGUCGCACGACGACAAGAUCCGCUUCCUCUUCAAGGUGUACGACCUGGACGGCGAUGGCCUGAUCCAGCACCGCGAGCUGCAGCACGUGAUGCAUGCUUGCAUGGAGGAGAACGGCAUGAAGUUCAGCGACGAGCAGAUCGAGGACCUGACGUCCGCGCUGUUCGAGGACGCGGACGUGCAGGGCCACGGCACCAUCACGUACGAGGCGCUGAAGGCGCAGCUGGAGAAGCACGAGGGCCUGCUGGAGAACCUGUCGAUCAGCAUCGAUCGCUGGCUGGUGCCGCCGCAGCCGCGCCGUGGACUCUCCUUCCUGCGCCAGCUCACCUCCGUCAGGCCCUACCAGUUCUCGCUGCCUUACAUCAGGAACAACUACACGUACCUGGCCUUCCUCUUCGCCUUCCUGGCCGUCAACGUAGGCCUGUUCGUCUCGCGCUGCGUUCAGUUCAGGGGCCUGCCCGGCUUCUACGUGCUGGCCAGGGCCUGCGGACAAACGCUGAAUUUCACCUGCGCGUUCAUCAUAGCCGUGAUGCUACGGAACGUCAUCACCUUCGCGCGCUCGCACGGCCUGGGGUCGUUCCUACCUCUCGACGAGCACAUCUACUUCCACAAGAUGGCCGGCAUGUUCGUGUUUGUCUACAGCGUGGUUCACACAUUUGCGCACCUCUGCAACCUUGCCCUCAACGUGGUGCCGCCCGACGGGCCGCUGAGCGCCCUCAACUCCGGCAACUUCACGUACGCCGAGUGGCUGCUGACCAUGCGGCCGCGCCGGUUCGGCCUGGUGCCGGGCCUGGCCAACCCUAGCGGCGUGGCGCUCAUGCUGAUCCUGGCCGUCAUGGUCAUCUGUUCGCAGCCGUUCGUCCGCAAGCGGGGCAACUUUGAGGUGUUCUACUGGACCCACCUGCUCUACGUACCAUUCUUCGCCCUACUGAUCCUACACGCUCCGAACUUCUGGAAGUGGGUGAUCCUGCCGGGCGUCAUAUACGUGGUGGAGCGUGCUGUCCGUUUCGUGCGCACCCGGAUGGGUCACGGCAGAGCGUUCAUCAGCUCCGGCAUCCUGCUGCCCUCCAAGGUCACACACCUGGUGAUCAAGCGACCAGCCAACCUGGACUACCACCCUGGCGACUACAUCUUCGUCAACAUCCCCGUCAUCGCCAAGUACGAGUGGCAUCCGUUCACCAUCAGUAGCGCGCCGGAGCAGCACGACACGCUGUGGUUGCAUAUUCGGGCUGCCGGCGGCUGGACAAACCGUCUGUACGACUACUUUGAGGAGGAGCAGCUGAAGAUCGAGUGCCUCGAGGAGAUAAUGGACGGUGACGACUGUAACUCCGACAAGGGCCAACAGGUGCCCAAACAGGAGGAGUCCAGCCUCCAGAAAAUACAGAAGUCGAUGAAGAAGCUUGCUAAGCCCGUCGACAAAGACCGGCGUAUCAGCUUCAGCACAAAGCCGCCCGAGAUCCUUAGCGGCGGGACCGAGAACGGGGCGUACACAGGAAACCAGGACGUAUCGAUGGAACCGAUCGACGAGGAGGACCAACAGAACGGUGACGGUGAUCGCGUCGCGGCCUGCGGCGGCCCCGAAAAUGGACACCCGUUCACCAACAGGAGGGUGCCCCUGCUGAAGACUAUCUCCCUGCCAGACAUGGACUACCGCGUGAAGAAGCGACAAAAACUGCUCCUUCUGCGCGGUCAGAUUCGCUCCAGCUCGGAGCGAACGUUUGACGACAAGACCAUGCAGAACGCCCACAAUCAGCUGGCUAAUCUGCCGUAUCUCAGUCCGCAAAAUAAGUCGGUGGCGCACAGCUUCCGCUACAUGCGCCGCAAGCCCACCAUCAUCGCGUUCAAGACGCCUUCCCUGGAUAGCCUGGGAGCGGCGGCGCGGCCCGAGCGGCCCCGCUCCGACCCCGGCCAGGCGGAGGAGGGGCACGCGCCGACAACGGCGCCGCCUAGCGGGACAGAGCUGCGCUACCCGGUCGGCAAGCCGCUGGAGAUCUACUUCGACGGUCCUUACGGGGCGCCGUCCAGCCACAUCUUCCGAGCGCAGCACGCUGUGCUGAUCGGCACGGGCAUCGGCGUCACGCCGUUCGCCUCGAUCCUCCAGUCCAUCAUGCACCGUUACUGGAAGAACUGUCACCGCUGCCCGCGCUGCCAGCACAAGUGGACGGACGAGCUGCCAGCCUCCGUCAUGAACCUGAAGAAGGUGGACUUCUUCUGGAUCAACCGGGACCAGCGCUCGUUCGAGUGGUUCGUGAACCUGCUGUCGCAGCUGGAGAUCGAGCAGGCCGAGCUGGGCGGCGUCAUGGACCGCUUCCUCGACAUGCACAUGUAUAUCACAUCGGCGCUGCAGAAGACGGACAUGAAGGCCGUGGGUCUCCAGCUGGCGCUGGACCUGCUGCACGAGAAGGAAAAGCGGGACAUGAUAACCGGCCUGAAGACGCGCACUAUCGCCGGCCGACCCAACUGGAACAAGGUGUUCCGCCAGAUCCAGGAGCAGCGCAAGGGCAAGGUGACGGUCUUCUUCUGCGGCCCGCCGCAGCUGUCCCGGAUCGUGCGGCACAAGUGCGACGAGUUCGGCUUCGAGUUCCGCAAGGAGAACUUCUGAGGGCGAGCGUGCCGCCGCGCGAGGGCCGGGAUGGCCGCCUCUGGGAGGGCGCCUGGGAAGGGCGGCCAUCCUGCGGCAACAGGUCAGAGGGGUGCCUGGAGACGCUGGAGUCGCAUGCUCGCCUGGCCGGAGGUGAGGUUGAGCACCGCGACGCUACCCAUGGAUGGCCGCUUUUGCGUGGGGUUGUGUAACGCAGCGCUCAACGGGGAUGUACUCCUGUGACGUUGACGGUGUGCAAGAAGGAAGCUGCGAUGGGAAACGGGGAAUGAAUGUGUGAUUGGCUAAACUGGCAGGUUGUUUGGAACGAAUGCACGCGAGUAUUUAUGCACUUCUUGUGUCAUAUCUGAAACAGAGCAGGCAGCAAACGUUUAAACCUUAAGGUAACCAUGUACUCUAGCCGCGUAAUAUUUAAACCAUUGACUGCGAUUUUUCGUGAAUUUGAAUAUACUUGACAUUGGAUG